CACACACACACACACACACACACACGUAUAUAUAUUUUUGAAUAUUUGAAGUAAAACACCAGCUUUGCCUUUUAUUUAUAACAAGUUUAAGAAGAUAUAGUGGAAAUUAUUGGAGAUAGUUUUUUCUAUUUUGUUCAACGAUUUACUUUAGGAUGAAUGUGUAUGUGAAAGGAGAUAUGUGUUAAAGUGUUUGGUGUUAAUAAGUGGGCUGGACGUUCGUAUGUCUGAAGGAAGAAACAUGCAUGAUUUCUUCAGUGUCUCUAUGAGAGACAACAGCGAUAUUUCAAGGAACAAGCCACCACAGCAACCAAGACGAUAUGAUGCAUGGAGAGAUUUUACACGAGGCCUCCAAUAUCAGCUAUGAAUAUGACUACACAUAUGAAGAUUAUUAUCCUUUGGUUACAUUAGAGGAGGAGAAUUUUGCGUUUAGGAUAAUCAACGCCGUUUGCUACUGUCUCAUCACCUGCAUCAGUCUUCCUGGAAACAGCUUUUUGCUUUGGGUGGUCUUGAAGAAAGUGGGUUUGAGCAGCUCUGCUGACUGUUUACUCCUCCAUCUGACAGUCUCCGACCUCAUCUUCUCCUUCACGCUGGUUCCCUGGACCAUUAAUCACAUUUGGGGAUGGAUUUUUGGAAAUCUGGCCUGUAAUCUGUUCACCUGGGGCAUCUUUUUGGGCCUGUACAGCUACAUGAUGUUCCUCACAGUCAUGACAGUCCAUCGAUACGUGGCGGUGGUGUAUCCGGUGUUCGCUUCAUCUAUAGGGAACCGAAGCAGACUUUACACACACAUCUCGUCCGCUGUGGUGUGGUUGAUCUCUGUGGGCUUCAGUCUGCCUGAAAUGAUCUUCUCUGGGACUGUGGAUGGUCCUGAUGGUGUAUUUUGCGUUCCCAACUAUAACUCAAUGUUUAUGGAGUUGUUUGGAUACUUCUCUCAGAUAAUUCUCUUUUUCCUGUUGCCGUUCCUGGUUAUUGUGUUCUGCCACACACGGAUGGGAUUUGCCAUCCUUCAAAGUCGCAUCCGAAGCAGAAAUCACGCCAUAUGCAUCAUUCUAAGCAUCGCCGUGGGAUUCUUCAUCUGCUGGGCACCGUAUAACAUCUUCCUCUUCCUCUUGUCCUUGAGGUCUUUAGGUGUUUUUGCAUUGAAGGAAAGUGUUUGGGAGAUCAUCUACUGCAUCACUCACAUUCUAGCAUAUUCCCACUGCUGUCUGAAUCCACUCAUCCACAUCUUCGGAGGGAAGAAGUUCAGGAAUAACCUGCCGUGGAGCAGAGGUUUCCGUCGGCUCUCGCAGAGGUUCAGCACGCAAACAUUCAGCAAUCCGAGCAGCUUCUCGGGCCAGUUUCAUCUCUGAUCAUGUCAAAGGGCAA